AUGUGGCAAAAUUCUUCUACUAAUUUAAAUAAUAGUUCUUUAGUUAUCUCAGACAGUGAUGAUAAUGUAACUACUAGUACAAGGCAAGAUAUUCUUAUUGAUAGUAGUGACAAUGACGAAUCUAUUUCAAUGGAAAGCAAUAUUGAUGAUGUUAACGAAACCAAUGAAUCUGAGAAUCUAGAAAUGGAUUCAAUUAAUAAAAAUAAUACACCAGAGGAAGUAAGUGAGGAGAAUGCAUUGGCAAUAUCUUAUGCUAAACAAGAGAUUGGAGUUGGUAAUAUAGAUCCAUUGGUAGCACAAGAAAGAGCUCUCCUUUCUUGCAAAUUGCAGCAACUACAAAAUCAAUUAGAAAAAACAAAGGAAGUAGAAGCAAAAUUAGAAAGAACACCUUUGGUACAACCUGUUGAACAAAUGAAUGCAAAAUCUAUGUCUAAUGAUAAACCAGAAGAAACAUCUUUAUCAUCUAAUCAAAUGAAAUAUCUACAAUCUGAUUCUGAAUAUUUUUUUGCGGAUUCUAUGGAGCCUUCAGAAUUAAAACCAUUGGGGAAAAAAGCUCUAGAGACUAGAGAACGUGAAUUUACUUUAACAGUAGAAAGAUUACAGGAUUUACAUGGAUCACUUGUAGCUCGACCUUCAGAAGAUGCAAAAGCAGAAGAUCCACCUGGUUUAAAAGUAAAACUAAUGCCUCAUCAACAGCAUGCAUUAGCAUGGCUUAUGUGGAGAGAACAAAAACGACCAUCUGGUGGUGUAUUAGCUGAUGAUAUGGGCCUAGGUAAAACUUUAACAAUGAUCUCCUUAAUCAUGGCUACUCUUGCUCAAGAAGAUGAUAAUGACAGUGAUGAUGAAUGGCAUACUACAAAUAAAUCUAUAACCUAUAAAGGUGGAACACUGGUUGUAUGUCCAGCUUCUUUAUUAUCACAAUGGGAAAAUGAAAUAAAAAGUAAAUGUAAAAAAGGUAUACUGUCAAUAGAAGUUUACCAUGGUAAUAAUAGAGAAAAAUUAGCUAAACGUUUAGCAAAAUAUGAUGUUGUUAUUACAACAUAUAAUAUAUUAUCCAGGGAAUUUAAAACCAUGUCUACAGUAUAUAAGAUUCAUUGGAAAAGAGCAAUACUUGAUGAAGCACACAUAAUAAGAAAUUAUAAAAGUCAAGUAUCUCAAUCAGUAUGUUGUCUUAUAGCAAGUCAUCAAAGAUUAGCAACUGUUAUGAAGACUCUUAUGCUUCGAAGAACAAAACAAGAACUCCAAGCACAAGGUGCUCUAGAAAGUUUACCUACUAAAAAUUUUGAAGAAGUGGAAGUAAAACUUGAUUCUCAAGAACAAUUAGUCUACGAAAAAGUUUUAAUAUAUUCUCGUACGCUUUUUGCACAAUUUUUAUCGCAAAGAGCAGAAAAAGAUCAUAUGGCAGACUUAAUGUCUGGAAUGUAUGAUAAGCCAUCUUUUUUGUCAAAUCCAAAUAAAAAUACACAAUUUACAAAGGCUCAAAAUCAGUUACUUUCGCUGCAUGCUGAUGUUAAAACGCACGAAAUUUUGGUACUUCUAUUACGUCUUCGCCAAAUAUGUUGUCAUCCGGCGUUAAUUCAUGCUAUGUUGGAUCAAAAUGAUUUGGAACAAAAUGAAAUAACGGAUGAAGAAAAUGUAGAUUCAGAUAUCAUAUCGCAUGUAAAUGAAAAAGAAACAGGCGUUGACCAUAGAGUGACAAAAAAUAUACUUACUUCUAAAAAUCCAGUUUUUGAGUCAGACCGUAUGAGUUCCAAAAUAAAAGCAGUACUCAAUAUGGUCACACAAAUUUUAGACAAAGGAGAUAAGCUUAUUAUUGUUUCACAAUGGUCAAGUAUGUUAGAAAUUAUUGGAUCUCAUUUAUCUACAAUAAAAGGGGCAACAUUUAGAGAAUUUUCAGGCAAAGUGCCUAUUAAAGAUCGACAAGUUAUAAUAGAUUCUUUCAAUGAUCUAUCCGGAGAUCCAAAAAUUUUGUUACUUUCACUUACUGCUGGUGGAGUUGGACUAAAUCUUGUAGGAGGAAAUCAUCUAUUACUUAUUGACAUUCACUGGAAUCCCCAGUUAGAAACACAAGCUCAAGAUAGGAUAUAUCGAUUUGGUCAAAAAAAAGACGUCUUUAUUUAUAAGUUUAUUUGUAAAAAUACUAUAGAAGAACGUAUCAAACGCUUACAGGAAAAUAAAUUGGCCAUAUCUCAAAACGUAUUAAGUGGUGAAAAGAACCAACUUGUUUCAAAACUAUCGCUUAAUGACCUUAAAUCUCUUUUUGCUCUUUGA